CCCUCCCCCGCAGCUGUGGAUGGACCCGAACAUUCCUCAUAUUCCUGGGGCUCGACGGCGGAGGAACGCGGCGAGGAAACGAAACGCAACGAGGCGAGGACUCGACGGAUUCACACAACCCAUGACACUUUCGACGGACACGUUAGGUCGAUGUUGGGUCGCGGCGUGAAGCGGAAGUGGAGCUGCUUGGAGGAGGUGGAGGCCGAGAUCCUCCCUGUUGCAGUAGAGAAGGAGAAGAAUGGAGAUGAAGAAAGGGAGGAUGAGGACGGGUUGCUUGUGGGUCCGCCCAAAGCCGACAUGAGCCACCUGCAGCAGCGUCAGCUGGUGCUCGGCCUCUGCUUGGAGAAGCUCCAGAGCUACCAGGCUGGGAUGGAGCUCAGCCUGCGUCGCUCCGUGCUGCUCAUCAACACGCUCAAGCAGAUCCAGGAGGACAUGCAGAGCGACGGGGCGGGAACCUGCACCUCGGAGACGCUCAUCGACGGCGUCCAUGCCGACUCCUGCCUUCUCAGGGAUGACUUCAGGGAGGACAUGCCGGUUACGUGCCCUGGGUGUGCAGAGGGGGAUGGGGACAACCUAUCUCUGUCUCUGCCGCUGUCCCCAGAAUUCCCCUCUCAGGAGGCAAACAGCUCGCCAGACAUGCAGAAAUCUCUGCCCGCUGCGCAGAUCAAUGCUUAUAGUGAUGCAGUAAACGCCAUGGGCUACCUCAGCGACCUCGCCCUGGACGACAUCUUUGAGGACAUUGACACAUCAAUGUAUGAGACUUCAGAUCUGCCUUCUGUCUGGUCGGCGGGCUCCAUGUGGCCCAUCAGUGUGUCGCUUUGGGCGGAUGAGGACGUGAAAAUGCGCUCUCCCAGCCACUCCUCGGCUGGGAGUCUCCAGUCAUGUCUGAUGGACAUGAAUGAGCUGGACCACAUCAUGGAGAUCCUGGUUAAGUCCUGAUCGCCAAGACAGACUACUGAACAUUUACUGCGCUUGGUUAUCAAGCAGUCUGACAGUGGAGACGGGGAACAAGGACUGGUUUGAGGGUUGCUGGACUCUAACGUGACCUUGGAUUUUUAAGGCUCCAUCUGAUAUUAUGAUAUGUGUUUUAAGCUGCAGCUAGUUUCAGAUCCAGUUUGAAAUCCACAUUUAAACACUUUUAUACUGUUUUUGGUUUUUAUAACUCGUAACACACUUUAUCUGUGUGUCUGAAAUCUCAGUGGCAAUAAUGGUAGUUAAGAAGAGAAAUGCAUUUUUAACAGAGAGACCAAUUUCUGCACCCACAGUAGCAGGAAACCGAUUAGUUAGCUCUGCAGUUUCAGGGCAUGUUGUGUUUUGAGCAGUGGGUGAAUAAAUAGUAGAUGAGGCAUUUCUAGACAAAGUUGGUGCACUGAAAGUGCAGUGCAACACUUGUAAGGGAAAUGUUGUAACCGUCAGGAUUAGACGGCACAAAUUAAGUGGCUACGGUGGAUUUCGGUAAAACUUUAAAUGCAGAUGGAACCUUACAAUUCCAAGCUCACUGUGUUUAUGCCACUUUUCUCUCCUGAUUUAUCAGGUUUUAGUAAAUGCAGCAGCACCUUUUGAGUGAAUCCACCAUUCGGGAAGAAGCAACCGGAGCUGCCAUGGUUUGUGCGUCACUCAGACCUGGUUUGAUUAUUAAUUGAAAUCCGUUCAAUUACUUAAGAGGUUGUGCUUCAGCCAGCCAGGAGGGGGGGGCAAAGGCCUGGGAUUCCUUUCCAUAUGAUUCGUUUUUAUUGCUCCAUGUAGAAUCUUUAAAUUAGAAAGUCUUUGUGUCUGUGGUCAGGCAGCAGUCAGAGGGUUUAUUUGGCUCGUGAAAAGAAGAAUGUAGCCACCGAAUUUGGGGUUACCAGCCAAAGAAGUAUGCUUCCAAUCCCUGGAGAUGAUUCACGUAUCGCAAGAAGCGGGCAAAAUGUCAAAAUGACAUCUUGUUGCUCCAAUAGAGAUAGGUGUAAAAUGUUUUACUUGUUGGAACGCCUUUAUCUAAUAUUAUUCUUAUUUAUGAAUGAAAAAUCAACCGUAAACUGCAGCAGAUGUUAUUUGUUCUUUGUUUUUUAGAGUCUAUUGUUUUGGCGUGAUUGUAACUUUAUACUUCAGAUUCUUUAUAACUUUGGGCUGUCAGUGCAUUGGCUGCCUCUUGCACCAUUUGCGACAUCAAAUGGGUCAAACUCUCAGAGGCCGCAUAAGAAGUACUCACCCUUUCACAGUAAGGUUGAAGUGAACAGUUUAUCCUUCUCGGCAGCUUGUAAAAUACGGUAAAUGCAACAUGUCAUAACGCAGCAUAAAACAUGUAUUCCCAGUCUGGUUCUGACUGAGGAGCUGAUCGCCUCAAGUCAAUAAUCAGGACAAGUCUGCCAUGUCUCAGAAUUGUAAAUGACAACAGAAGCAUAUGUAUUUUUAUGGCCACGAUGAUAUGAAUUUUUAUUGCAAUGUUGGGAGUUUAAAAGAACAGUUUUAUAUGUGUUCCUAUCUGAAACUCCAAUCUCCUGUCCAGUAGAAGAGAUCCAGUGAGCGGAGGGCUGCGAUUAAGCAGAUGCUCGACCUUCACUAUCUGUGGUUUACUCCUGUUCUACCUCCUGAUGUCUGUCUGUUGUUGGUUUACCUGGACACUCCUGUUUUACACUGAGCCAUGGACAGUGUUUCUUAUGUCAUUGUUUUUAACUGGGCUGAAAAUUCAGUGCUUUCCUGUCAGACCAAAGCAAAUCCGUCCUCAUCUCCAUCUCUUGUCUCAUGUCGACAACGUGCCUUACUACUGAACCUAAUUUUUAUUCGUGCUGAGGUUUAUGUGGUUGCCUGAGCUCGAGCGUCAUUGAUUGGAAAGAAAAGAACUGUGGCGACGUGUUAUGUAAAACACUGAGAGCCAGAACCGCCAUCGUUUGUUCCUCCUCCUUGGCCUUUUUUUCCCCCCCUGUGCUCAGUGAACACUAGUGGCAUAUGAGCUUAAUGCAUCCUGACAAGCUGACAGUGAACUAUCUGAGGGAGGAGGCGGCGACGAGGGCCAGGAGGGAAAAAUAAGAGGAGGACAUGGAGGAGGAGGGGUGGGAGGAAGCAGCUUGCGUCACUUGUUCAGUAGGAGGGGUUUAAAGCUUGUUUUGCCCAGACUCAGACCACCGACCAAUCACAUGAGAUGUGCAAGGAGCACUCUGCUGCUCCAACAACAACUUGUUUUUGCUCCUAAAGGCUCUGCACACAAAUACAGUGUGAAUCUGUUGGAUAUCAGCCUGUGAAGUAAACCAUUUUUCUGUUUAUUUUUUUAAAUUUUAUUUACGUACUCUAUCGGGACAAGACUGAAUACAAAAAGCAGAAAGCUGCGGUGUUAUUUAUAAUUGUAUAAAAGUGUGAGUACAGUCUGUGAAGCACAAACUGUACGUUGUUAAUGCUGAUUACAUGAUAUAAAUGUAACUGAAGGAUGGAUUUGCCAGGUAAUAAGAUGAUAAUUGAAAAUGUAUUUUUUGUGGAAUAUUUUAUAGAUUUUAUUCAAUAUUACAGUAAAAAAAUACCUGAACUGUG